AAGUAGAAGGCAAUAACUCAGAUUCACUAGAACAUGUUAACAAAAACAACCCUAGCUGGGAUGAACAAGUAGUUCAAGAAACCAAAGAACUUAAGAAAAUAACAAAUAUAUAUAAGAAAGAAUUUAAAGAAAAUAGAACAUAUGUGACAAAAAAAAAAUCUCAUUGGUAG